AUGGAGCUUGAGAUCAAGAAAACGGAGAAUGGGCGUGACAUCUGGGUUGUGGCGAAAGCAAAAGAUUUUGAAGAAACUGGCAUGAAGGUCCAAGACCCAUCGGGCGGUGAUCCAUACCUCGUACCCUUCGCAGAUCUACGACUUGCACCAAAAUCCCUCAACAGUAUGCAGUUGAAGGUUAAGCCCGACGAUGAACUUGAAGCAAUGCUCCGUGAUAACAUCUGGGAACGAGUCAAAGUUAACCAAAUCAAGGGCGAAAUGCUCGUUGUCGAAAGUGCCGACGGCCGAACCCACAUUGUUGAUAUUGGACCUAAACUACGACUUGGUGGCCUGGUAUACCGAAAACCCUCCAAAAGCCAUAUGCAAAUCCAAAGCGAGAAAAUCCCGGAAGAUAUCUAUCAAUGGUUCAAAAAAACGAACGGUUGCGAACAGCUCGAACACAUCCUUGGGUGCUGUAUUGCCAAAGUUGAUCAUGACCUGGCCGGAAAUAUUUCGGUUUUCACCUUUGAUGGAGCAAUUGCAAGGAGGGCAAAGAUCCUGUUUGAGACAUUCUUCAAGGAUCAACGUCAACGCAUGCAUUUGACACAGCGUCAAGAAACUGUUUCAAAGAUGUUGUCAAAGGAUGAUGUGAAGACUGAUGCACCAUUUGUUGAAGAGUUUGAAGUUAGUAAGCAGUUCAUGGGACUUGCAAUCGGAACUCAAGGAAGCAACAUCAAAUUUGCAAAGACCAUCAAUGGCGUUAGGGACGUUCAGUUCAAAGAAACCGAAGAUCCGAACGCUCCAGUGCGGUUCUACGUCUACGCCGAUAACCCGGAUGCCGCCAUUGAGGCCAGAAAUACCCUCGAGUACACCACAGAUGUUGUCAUGGUCCCACGGAAGCACGUUGGAAACAUUAUUGGAAAGACUGGAAAGGUUGUGCAGCAAAUCGUCGACAACUCCGGUGUAAUCCGUGUCCAAAUCGCUGAUAAGACCCCGGAGAGCGAAGAAUAUGUGCCGUUCAGCUUCACUGGUACCCGGCAAAGCAUUAAUGACGCCGAGUUUUUGAUUAAUUAUCAGCUUCAAAUCUUCAAUGAGAUGAAGGAGAUUCGGGAUAAUGUCGAUGAGCUUCAGCGCAGAAUAUUCAAACCUUCGAAUGGACGUGGUGGAUUCCGUGAUCGUCGAAUUACCAACGGUCGAAACCAUUCCGAUACCGAUGGGCAUCGCAGCGAUCAAUCAAAUGAGCGUCAAAAUGGAAGCCAAAGCAACCGUGACGACUCCCGACAGCGAAACGGAUUCCGAAAAAAUAACGGCCAUGAUGAAUAUGACGAGCAAGAGGGUGAACAACCCGCUGAAAGACGACGCAAUGAAAACGGCGGAGGAUUCCGACGGGCGAACCGGCAACCACAGCAAAAUGGCGGCUUCCGCCAGGCACAGAAGCAA